UGACGUAACGAAAAGGGAUGCUAGGAUUCGCAUGAAUUCUUUAUAUAAGGAAGCUUCACUCAAAGCCUUAUUGAGAAGGGCUAAAGAGGUCAACGUUGGUUUUAGAUGAAACGGGGAUCUAAGGCGACAACUCAGAAUCAGAAAACAAUCCGUUCGACAGAGUCGACACUAGUAUACCGCGAUCCGCGUGUUGACACUGGGCGACAGUGUUUAAGCAAUUUAAAAUCGUUUCGCUACCGUAUAUCCCAGAUUAGGGCAACGAAGAGCAAAAUAAGAUCUAAUUACCGAUAUGGAAAUUCCUAGCCAAGAAAUUCAUAUCAAGAUUGAUACCCCAAGAUCAAGCAUCAACAAGAAAAAGAAGAUAAAACUGGCUGAUGCUGAACCCAUUGUCCUGAUGUCUGUUUUGAGUACUCUCCAUGCGGGAUAUUUCAGGAUAAGUCUUUCUCUAUGUAGCCAAGCAUUGCUGUGGAAGAUAAUGGUCAAUUCGCAUAGCGAACUGCCGUCUGUGGUGCACUAUCUCAUGUGGUACCUAGCUCUUACAACACAAGUAUCACUCUGUUUUCUGUAUGCCUUCAAGUGUGUUUUCUUAUUUGACUUGGUGAAGGAGGAGUUUGUCCACUAUAUUGGAGUGAACUAUCUUUAUGCUCCGUCCAUAUCAUGCCUUCUAUUGCUUCAAUCAGCUCCUAUGAUAGAACCACGCAAUGUUUUGUAUCAGACACUAUUUUGGAUCUUUGUUGUUCCAGUGUUGACCCUAGACACAAAGCUGUACGGCCAAUGGUUCACAACAGAGAAAAGGUUUUUGUCGAUAAUGGCAAACCCGGCAAGCCAAGUAUCCGUAAUCGCGAACCUAGUGGCUGCGAGGGGAGCAGCAGAGAUGGGUUGGAAAGAGUGUGCUCUAUGCUUGUUCUCACUUGGGAUGGUUCACUAUUUGGUUAUCUUUGUUACACUUUAUCAACGCUUACCAGGUGGAAACAAUUUCCCAACCACGUUGAGGCCAGUUUUCUUCUUGUUUUUCGCUGCACCAGCCACUGCUAGUCUAGCGUGGAACACUAUUUGUGGAACCUUUGACACUAUAGCGAAGAUGUUGUUCUUUCUUUCUCUCUUCAUCUUCGUAUCCCUGGUGUGUAGGCCAAAUCUUUUAAAGAAGUCGAUAAAAAGAUUCAAUGUCGCGUGGUGGGCUUACUCAUUCCCUCUCACUUUUCUCGCUUUAGACACAGUUCAGUACGCGCAAGAGGUGAACGAUCGUCUCGCUUCUGUCUUGAUGUUUAUGAUCUCAUCCAUCUCAGUUUUGAUCUUCCUCGGUGUAAUGUUACUGACAGCAGCAAACAGCAAAAGAUUACUCAGACGUGACCCUGUUCUCUGGUCUGCUACUGGUCCAAAAGACAAAUAAAAAAUCGUAUGCUAAAAUAAUGUAACUUUUUCAUUCAUAUAUGGGAUCGAAAUAAAGAACUUGCAACUACAGUUUGAAUUGAAAAUCGAACCCUAUCUUCAAUUAUUGGAAUAAUCUGAAUAACCCUUCAGUUUGAUGACUUGAUGGACAUGGAAGAGCUUCUCUAUUAUUGGAAUAAUCUGAAUAACCCUAUCUUCCUUGAUCUUGUUACUAGAUUCUAUGGAGAGAUCUGCACUGACUUGUUCGCCAAUUGAUGAUGGCUGUGUUAAAAAUUGAUCAAAAUGGGUUUUAUAUGUGUUGUGUUAACACAGAGCAUAUGAUGC